GUUAAUGUUCGACUUGCCUGAGGAGAUGGGUUUAAUAGCAGUGGCUGUUCGACAAACACAAGGGAAAGGUCGUGGUGGGAACGUUUGGCUCAGCCCCAUGGGCUGUGCCCUGUCCACUCUGCACCUCUCCAUCCCUCUGCAUUCCAACCUGGGCCAGAGAAUUCCCUUUAUCCAGCACCUGGUGUCCCUGGCCGUGGUGGAGGCAGUCAGAUCCAUCCCAGGAUAUGAGGACAUCGAGCUGCGAGUGAAGUGGCCAAAUGAUAUUUACUACAGUGACCUGAUGAAGAUUGGUGGGGUUCUGGUGAACUCAACACUCAUUGAAACAACAUUUCAUAUUCUCAUUGGCUUUGGCUUUAAUGUGAAUAACAGCAACCCCACCAUCUGCAUCAAUGACCUCAUUGCAAAGUUUAACAGGGAAGAGGGGACGGAGCUGAAGGCUCUGAGUGCAGAUUGCCUCAUUGCAAGGACUGUGACUGUGCUGGAGAGGCUCAUUGAGCUGUUCCAGGAGAAGGGGCCCAAUGGAGUUCUGCCCCAGUACUACAAGUACUGGGUACACAGCGGGCAGCGGGUGAGGCUGCGCAGCGAGGACGGGCCCCUGGCCUGGAUCGUCGGCAUCGACGGCUUUGGGUUCCUGCAGGUGCACCAGGAGGGCGGGGGCGUGGAGUCCGUGCACCCUGACGGCAACUCCUUCGACAUGCUGAGGAACCUCAUCGUGCCCAAGCACUGACAGCAGCUCUGGGGCUGGCGCUGCCACCUCGGCCUCUGAGGGGAGCUCACAGUUUGGUUUGGCCUUCUGGUUGUUGUGUUUGCCGUGGGUAACGUCGGCGGCUGAGGAGAGGUGGUGAUCUCACAGCUGAAGGCCUUUAUUCUUUUCGUUAACAUUAAAACUCACCUCU